AUGAUCAUAAUCUACAGUUUCAGGCUUUCAUCACCUAUAGAUCUGAUAAAAAUCACAAGGUUUCUUUUACCUGCGUCAAGCUCAAGUUCACCGGCGGCAAUGGCGGAUUGGGGCCCGGUUCUAGUGGCGGUGGUGCUGUUUGUGCUAUUAUCGCCAGGAUUACUGUUCCAGUUGCCGGGUCACAACAGGGUGGUGGAGUUCGGCAGCAUGCGGACCAGCGGCGCCGCCGUGAUCGUUCAUGCUGUUAUCUUUUUCGGCAUUCUCACCCUCUUCCUGAUCACCAUCGGCGUUCAUGUAUACGCCGGCUAG